AUGGCGACCGUUCAUGAGAUGCCACCUUCAGCGCCACUUGUCACUCUUAAAGAACAAAUUGAACUUGGCCUGGCCACAGCAGAGGGUCAUCAGACCUGGACAUCUGAAUUCCAAAAGCCCAACUUGGCCCAAGUAUCAUCGUCGACCGCUCCAUUGGCAAGUCUGCCUAUAUUUGAGCCCAGGAAAACGACUAGCCGUAAGGAGGCCUUCGAGCUUUCCUACAUAAGGGCAAAAGCCCUCAAUACACAUUAUGGACUCACAAUUGAUGACAUUGUGAAUCUCUCACCCAAAUUCUUUGAUAUGCAUAGAGAUGACAUAAUUAUUCGAGAUAUCGGUGCUCAUGCGCUGCUGUCAAUACAACACAACUUAGUAGCGGGUACCCUGGCACCAUUCGCCAAAGAGUCAAGAAAGAUCCAGGGACUGCUAGACGACGUGUUAACAUUCAAAAUCUCAGCGGGCUUUAUGCUAACGGAGAUCGGACACGGUCUCGAUGCCAAGAACUUGGAGACAGAGGUUAGACUGCAGUCUGAUGGCACCUUUAUUCUCCACACACCCAGGCUCGAGGCUUCUAAAUUCGUUCCCCCUUCUAUGCCCGUAGCUGGUAUUCCACGCAUUGCCGUGGUCAUGGCAAAACUCAUGGUGCGCGGCGAAGACUUUGGUCUUCGCCCUGUCGUGGUCGCCCUCAGUGACGGAAAACAAAUGUGCAAGGGAGUAACAUCUCGUCUUUUGCCUUAUAUGAGUGGAAUUCAAGCCCCGUACGCUAUCACUUCUUUCAACAACGUGGCCUUAUCUAGCACCGCCGUUCUCGGAAACCUUGAAAAGCCUAGAAGUAUGCGAGACAACUUCUUCCACCAAAUCGCUCGGAUUGCUCCAGGUACACUGGCAAUGAGUAUGAUAAUGAUCCCUGCACUCAAGAUCGUGACCUACGUCACCGGCAAAUACAGUCUACGCCGUACUGUCGGCGUCGCCAACAAAGAAAGAAUACCUAUUUUUUGCUUCCGCACACAACAGAUGCCGAUAUUGCAUGCACUGGCCCAGCUUGCAGUAAUGACGCCUUUUGCCAACAAGUGCAUUGAGUGGUUUAAGGACACUUCCUUUGAGCCUCAAGUACGCCAUGGAUUCGCUGUCAUCCUCAAAGCAGUCUUUAUCCAAAUGGCGCAGCGGAGUAUUCCCGAGAUGGUGGAACGAUGCGGCGCCCAAGGCCUUUUUCAACACAACCAGAUUUGUGAUGCAGACAAUAUGAUACGUGCCUGUGCCAUAUCAGAGGGAGAUGCAUUGGUUGUCAGUAUUCGCCUUGCUGUUGAGCUUUGUCUAGGCAAGUAUGAGAUGCCCUCUGCAACGAAGACAGACUGUCUGUUGGCCAAAUACGAAGCUGGCCUGGCACAAGAAGCCUGGGACAUCGUUAGCUCCAUUCCGGCCGAGCACCAUAGCCAGGAGUUCAACCGACUCUUCAUCCCCCAAUGCAAGCCACUAGUACUGGGUAUUGGUCAUAGAAUGGUCUAUGAGACUGCUCUGGCUGCUGGCGUGGAUUCUGACCUCCUUGCUCUUUACGAGGCUGGUGCUGUCAAGGAGAAUCUGGAUUGGUACACUGAGAAGGGUCUCCUCACGAGGCAAAGCUUCCGUGAGAUGGAGAAUAGGGCUCUCGAUUCUAUUGAGCCUCGUCUGGAUGAGCUCUUGAAUGAGUUAAAGAUGGAGUCAUAUGUCACGGCGCCGAUUACCGAGCAGGGCCUAUUUGAUGACUUUGUGCAAGGAUUGCCCACGUUUACCGGUGCAACAGAGUACUCUGUCCUUUGA